CGCCGUUGCUAGGGCCGCGGCAAACGGCGGCGGCGGCGGCGGCUCCCGCUGCCUUCCCGGUGCCUUCCCGGUGCCUUCCCGGUGCGCCGCCGCCGGGCCCGGUGUCCGGCGGGGCUGGGCUGCGCUAGGCUGGGCUUUCCCCGGGCCGAGGCGAUGGUGAAGCUCGCUGCCAAGUGCCUGCUGGCAGGUGAUCCAGCUGUGGGGAAGAGUGCUUUAGCCCAGAUGUUCCGCAAUGAUGGGGCCCAUUUUCAGAAGAAUUACACACUGACAACGGGCACAGAACUGUUGGUGAAAGCUGUAUCAGUUCCAGAGACAAGUGAUAGUGUGGAACUCUUCAUUUUUGACUCUGCAGGCAAAGAUCUAUUUUCUGAGAUGCUGGAGAAACUGUGGGAGCAACCCAACGUCCUGUGCCUUGUGUACGAUGUCACUAAUGAGCAGUCUUUCAACAACUGUGCCAAGUGGCUGGAGAAGAUGAGGGCUCAGGCAGUUGGGAUGCAUCUUCCAGGUGUCUUAGUGGGGAAUAAAACAGACCUGGUUGGUCGUCGAGUUGUGGAGCAGAAACAAGCACAGGAAUGGGCUGAGAACCAUGGCCUGGAAUACUGCGAGAUGUCAGUCAAGGAGAUGAAAAACUUUGAGGCCCCUUUCCACAUCCUGGCAAAGUCAUUCCACCAACUGUACAGAGAGAAGGUGGAGUCUUUUCACUCACUAGUUUGAGGAAUGUGACUAUGAUGGCUUAUUUAGCCCUUGAGCUUCUUCUAGUGCCCAGAAUUGUACAGGCUGGAGUACAGAGAGAAGAAAAAAAUAUGAGAUUUUUGUUUCGUCAUGGUCAUCUUCUGGUAUUUCAAAAUAAACUGAAAAUAAGCAUAUGGAAAGACAGUCUUCUAGAACUGCUACCUCAGCAUUCCUUUUGUGUCCCCUGUCUUGGUUCUCUGCUCACUGAAAGUCUGCUUGAUUGGAGGAGGUGGGGAGAAAAAAGGAGAGGGCAAAAUGGAAAUUGCUAGCUUUUUGCUUUGAUAUUGCCGUGUUUCUUCUCUGAAUAGACUUUCUGCUGCUGCAAAGGAGGAUUUGGAGGUUUUGAGAAGGAAAGAGGAAGCUGACAGGCUAUUUUUCAACUUAAGCAAUCCAGCCCCAGUACAUUGGUAGCAGGGCAGGACUGAUCUGGCACUGCCACUUGAAAAACACUUUCAGUAGGAAACCUGUGCUCCAGAAUUGAUGCAUGGAAAUUGAGAUAUGUGGGGACCAAUCUGGAUUUAGGUGUGCUUCUCAGAGUGCCCAGAGUUUGAGGUCUGUUUUAAUGGUGUUACCUGUAUCAGUUGUAGGACUGUUAUGCUGAUGACUAAUAACUGUAUCUGACUUCUAGAAUAGGUUCUUUUCUCCAGCAUGGCCCGCUUCCUUUGCCUAGUAGAAGCUGUCUGUCUUGCAUCUGUACUAUUGUCACUUGGUAACACAGUGCCCUCUGCUGGUCCCAAGUCACAUGCUUUCUCAAGAAGCUACCCUCUGUUGAAGCAAACAGGGCUCCAUCCAGUCGUGUCCAAAUUACCUUAUCUACAAAAUGAGGUCAUAGUAAGAAAACCUCUUCUGUUCUUUGGGCAAGCACUUGUUAUGUGUUUUUGUAUCAUUUUUUUGUCAACUGAACCCUGCAAUGCCUUAUUCUCACUAGGUUCAGUUUGCAGUCCCUCACUAGAAUCAGAGUUGUCUUUGUUGUUAAACUUUCCCUGCCUAUCCUUCUGACAUCACCAGUGGAAACAGGAUUCAGGAAGAAAAAGACAACCUGACUAAGUUAUUCUGAUUCAGGGAAGGGGGCAUGUGUGGCUGGAAGUUUGUUGUCAGAAAGAGUAAAAGCUCAGAAAAAAAAUGCUCUUUUAUUUGGAGUACUGAUGUUGCAUGUAUAAGAAUGUGUUUGUUAAUACAGUAUGUGAAAGCAUCCAUGGUACUGUAUUGCAGCUGGAUCUUAGAAGUUCAAAACUGUAACCUUUCUCUUCUCUCAAGAUUGUGUUAACCUCCCUUGGGCAAGGGAAGAUGAAAUUUGUGGAGAGUAAGCACUGAGUGAUUUUUUCAGGCAGGCUUUUGAAGAAUCUGUGUUUCAAGGCUUGUAUGUAUAUUUUAUAACCAUUUUUUUAUACCCGUUGCUAGGACAAGUACUUCGGACUGCACAUAAGAGAUGUGUGUCGCUUGUGGAUGUCAUAGCAGAGUUUAUGAAGUACUUUAAGGAUCUGGAAAAGCAGCUGGGCUUAUUUUACUGGCAGUAGUAUAUUGAUGCUGGGAAUUAGCUAAGGAGCACGAAUCCCAACAAAAGGAGUUAAAUAGGCGCUGGGUCCACAAGAAAAGGAAUGAAUGGGUUCUUUUGCAGGAAGACGUUUGAAUAAAUGACAGAACACCUAGGAAAAGCUUGCUUGCUCCAGAGAAGAGAGGACUCCUCCAUUGGCUUAGAGUAACUAGAAGACUUGCCUUUUUUUGACUUGGAUUAGCAUUACUAUGUGUGGUUUUUUGUUAUUUUAUUUUGUUUAAUCUUACAUAUGUUGCCUUGUUUGUUAAUCUUGGGGGGUGUCUGUUUAUUUAUAUGGGCUGAGUGCAGACUUGCCUGCAGAUGCUAGCCACCUCUGACUAGUAAGAAUAAAAGUUAUUUUGGAUGCUGUGUGGAUCUAGUUAAAGAA